CAAGAGGACACGCGAGUGGUGGUAGAGGCGGUCAUGAAGAAAAAUCCCGAGGAGAUUGCUGCCCUAUCCCCUGGCUCCCUCUCGGACCCUGCUGUACCCAUCCCCACCGCGCAGCAAGAGGACACUCGAGUGGUGGUGGUAGAGGCGGCCAUGAAGAGGAACCUUGAGGAGAUUGGUGGCUUAUCCUCUAGCCCCUCUGUAUCCCUCUCGGACCCUGCUGUACCCAUCCCCACCACACAGCAAGAGGACACGCGAGUGGUGGUAGAGGCGGCCAUGAAAAGGAAUCCCGAGGAGAUUCGCAUGGAGCCGUUUGGCAUCGACGCCAACAACCACGUGUUCUGGUGGGUGCAUCGUGGUGAAAUGCGGUGA